UAUGCAAUUUUUGAAACCAUUCCUGACUUGAUGGAGGAUGCAUGGCUCAAAGAACGUUGACCAAAUGGUGUUCCUUAGAGCCAGAUCUGAAUCUCUCUGCCUGCAGGCUGGAAAUGGAGAACUGCAUCUGCAGAGUCAGCUGGUGGAAAAAGUAAACUUCGUCUGACCUGCUCUCCUGAAUGCAAUGCAUGCACUGUGUGCACUACCACUGUUUCUGGAAGGAGGGUGCUCAUGCCGUUCCACUUUAAGCUGUAAACACCAAUUCCUCUGAGAAGUCCAACACUUGGUGCAAAACAUGAAUCACUGCAGAAUUAUUGCAUCAUCAUAAAAGUGACCAGUGCUCUUUGGAAUCCAUGAGCUAAUCAAAUAAGAAAGGAAGUUACAUAUGCAACAUUUCAGAGUUUUAAAUGGGAGCUAAUCAUAGGAAAACCCCAUUCCAUACUGAGAUUGUUUAUAAAGAAUUAUGGGAAAUGACAACAAAAGAAUCAAAGUUCGAUUUUUCACAGAUGAAACUACAGAAUGCAUGGAGUACUGUAAUCCUGUCAGACAAUUGAAGAUGGCCUACCACCGACAAAGCCCUGCAACAUUUAGUGUGAAGCUUUGACUUAUCCACCCCUUCUGACAUGGAACUCUGUAUCUGGGUUAAGUGCCGUUACUCUGAGUUGUUGCUGCUGCUACAAGUCUGCAAACCACACAGAACUGACAGAACCGCUCCUGUCCAGUUUCAUUUACUGGUACUCCACAUUCAGAAAGACAAAGCAGGACAAAGAGGAGAAACAAAGGAUACUGAGGAAGAAGACCAAGAUCAGGAUGCUGUAGGUGGACAGAAGACUAUUAAUCAUACAUUUCUUUCUUUUUCGCAAAUUACUGCUUUGUCAGAACAAAACGUAGAAGGAUUUCAAAAAAAGCUGGCAGAGUUUCUGAAUUUUAAACAAUUGAAGACAUCUUUGAAGGAAGCUAUUCUGCUAGAUUAUUAUACUGCAGGAUUUUGUUGGGCAAAAGAAAUGAAUUUCAAUCUCAUGCAGCUGUCACAAUACAUGGAUCUCUUAAACUUCCUGUUGGAGAACCUCAGUGACAAACAUAUGACCUUAGAAGACAACAUAAAGGAACUUGGAAGAGCAAUGGCUGGAAUAGGAGAAACUGAUUCAGAAAGAAGUGGUGACUUGGAUGUCUUCAGCAUUGACCAAGCCAAAGCAAUCAUUGAUUACAUGAAUAUCAGCUUAUUUCGACUCUAUAAAUUGUAUGAACAUAUCUUCCACACUCCAAGAGAGGAACACGUGAUAAGUAAUGAGCCCCUUAGAUGAAGAGGUCAAACCCUGACAAGUUAGAGGGGCAGAUGUUGUUUGAUGCAUAUGGCUACAGCAGGAGCACGCCUGGAGUCAUGUGCUCUGCAGUGCAUGUGCUCAGCAAGCAGAAGGGACUGGAGAUUUGUCUGGGAAAUCUGUGUGCUAAAAGUAGAUGAUAAAUCUGUGAUGAAAGGUUGACCGUUGUCUUGCUAUGUAGAUCACCAUCUUUGGAAUAAAUAAAUAAAAAUAAAGCCUCUGUAGACAUACCAUGAUAAACAGCCA